AUGCAUACCGUGCCCAAGCUCAAAGACCCCUCUCUCCUCAUCUCCAAGGCCUUUGUCAACGGCGAAUUUGUGGACGCAGCUUCCUCCGAGACCUUUGAUGUCUUCGAUCCUGCGAGUGGCAAGAAGAUUGGCUCCUGUCCGGAGUUCAGCAAAGAUGAUACAGACAAGGCCAUCGCUGCGGCCGUGGAGGCUUUCCCCUCUUUUCGCAAGACCCUGGCGCGCGAACGAGCAACGAUGAUUUUGAAAUGGUACGAGCUCGUGCAAGAGAACGCCGAAGACCUGGCCACGUUAAUAACAUGGGAAAACGGCAAACCGUUCAACGACGCAAAAGGAGAGGUCGCAUACGCAGCCAAGUUCUUUCAAUGGUUCAGCGAGGAGGCUCCCCGCGUCUACGGCGACACCAUUCCCUCCUCUGUCCCCGGGAACAGGAUUCUGACCAUCAAGCAACCGAUUGGUGUCUGUGGUUUCAUUACUCCCUGGAACUUCCCGGCUGCAAUGAUCACGCGCAAGAUUGGGCCUGCUUUGGCCGCCGGAUGUACAGUCGUCGCGAAGUCACCAGGAGAAACCCCAUUCACGGCAAAUGCCCUGGCUGAGUUGGCCCGCCGCGCUGGGAUCCCCAAGGGUGUGGUCAAUAUAGUGACAGCCCUCAAGAACACCGUGGAGGUUGGCGAAAUCCUAACAACAGACCCGCGAAUCAAGAAGGUCUCCUUUACAGGAUCCACGAAUGUGGGCAAGCUCUUGAUGAAGCAAGCUGCCGGGACUAUGAAGAAACUGUCCUUUGAGUUGGGCGGCAAUGCCCCAUUCAUCGUGUUCGAUGACUGUCCCGACCUUGACGCUGCCGUCGCAGGAGCCAUCGCCUGCAAAUUCCGCAGUUCAGGACAGACUUGUGUGUGCGCCAACCGAAUCUACGUGCAGAAAGGCAUCUACGACAGAUUCGCCGAGAAGUUUGCCGAGAAAGUCAAAGACUUCAAGGUCGGCUACGGUUUUGAAGACGGCGUGACACACGGCCCAGUCAUCCACGACCGAGCGGUCAGCAAGGUCGACGAGCAUGUACAAGACGCGAAGAAGAAAGGCGCCAAGGUCCUCGUGGGCGGACAGAAAUUACCAGACCUGGGCUCGAAUUUCUACGCCCCGACUGUGCUUAGCGGAGUGACCAACGACAUGCAGAUCGCCAGCGAGGAGACAUUCGGCCCCGUUGCAGGCCUGUUCUCGUUCUCUACCGAGAAGGAGGUCGUCGCGCUGGCCAACGAUGCACCCGUCGGGUUGGCUGGAUACUUCUACUCACGCGAUAUUGGCCGAAUUUACCGAGUGGCAGAAGCUCUCGAGGUCGGCAUGGUUGGUGUCAACACCGGCCUGAUCUCCGACGCGGCCAGUCCGUUUGGCGGCGUCAAGGAGAGCGGGUUCGGUCGUGAAGGCUCCAAGUACGGCAUUGACGAGUUCACCGUGAUCAAGAGCGUGACGAUCGGUGGCAUCAGCAACGAACUUGAAGGGUAG